AUGCUUCCUCAACACAUCCUCGUUGCGCUCGUCGCCACCGUCGCUGCCGUCCCCCUUAACAUCAACUUGGGAGCCUACUCGCCUGCCUUGGUGGUCGGUGAUGGUGAAAUCUCGCUGGGAUCAACAGAAUCAGCAUCAGAACUGAUGGCCACAUUGGCUUCAGGAGCAGCAGCAAAGGCUGGAGGUGAGGGCGCCGCUCCCGCAGCUGGCGGUGAACAACCUGCAGGACAACCAGCUGAAGGUGCACCAGCCAAACGAUCCAAUCUCCGUCGCGCUAUCAACGACAUCCUCGCCAAGCGCGCUCCCGUCGAGCCCAAGAUGGAAGCCGUCGAGGAGGCCAUGCAGUGGAUCAAGCGCGAUCUCGCCGGCUUCAACGCUGCUCUCGGCUACGCCAAGGAGGCCCUCAAGGACCAGCCCAAGGUCGAGCUCGGUACCGAGAACGCUGGUGUCGGUAUCAUUGUCAACCCUGGUGUCAACGUUCCCGCUGGCUCUGCUGCUGCCGGUGGCUCAGAGAAGAAGGAGAAGCGCGACGAGGUCGUCGAGGAGCAAGAUGCGCCCAAGAUGACUCUUGUCGCCAUCACCGAAGUCUAA